AUGGCCAAAGAAUUCUUCACUGGUUCGGCAACUGGCCGGAGCUCCGACGAAGUGAGUUUAGCUGACAUAGUUUUUGAGAGUUGGGAUUCAUUCGAUUCCAAUAAAGACGGAGAUGUUGAUGAAAACAACAACAACGAAAACGAUGAUUCUUCGUCAGAAAAGUGUAAAGCCUUUUGGGAGGAAAAAGAUCAGCUUCUUAAGGGAAUUUUGUGCAGGACUAGUUCAUGUGAGAAAAAGGUUAGGGAAGCGACGAAGGAGAUCAUGAGAGAAAUGGAUAAUUCUGAGAUGGUGUGUAGUUGUCGGCGGCAAGUGGUGGCUAAGAAUUGCAGGAACUGCAUGCUGAAAGAGCUAUGUGAUCGAUUGUUGAACCUUGGCUACAACUGUACCAUUUGCAAGUCUAAAUGGAGGAGUUCAUCGGAAAUCAUAUCAGGGGAGCACUCAUAUUUGGAAGUGAGAGAGGAUUUAUCAAAGAGCAAAAGAGAAGUGAAAGUGGUGAUUGAAUUGAGCUUUAGAGGGGAAUUCGAGAUGGCAUGUGCGAAUGAAGAAUACAAGGAAUUGAUUAAGCGAUUGCCAGAAGUGUUUGUAGGGAAAGCAGAGAAGUUAAGAGCAUUGGUGAAGAUCAUGUGCUCAGCUGGUAAAAGGUGCAUGAAGGAGAAGAAAAUGCACAUUGGGCCAUGGAGGAAACACAAGUACAUGGAAGCUAAGUGGUUUGGCACGUGCGAAAGCUCCACAAUGGAACCACUGCUCGUAAUGAACUCUGCUACUCGCCAACCAAAACCUAAGGCUUCAAUGCUCACUUUUGAUUUACUAUUGGAUAAUAUUCAAGGGUUGCACUGUACUACAGUUGAAGUAGUGUGAAUUUUAUUAUGGUUUUA